UGUGCGCGUGCAUGAUGCGUGCGUGCACGAGACGCCGGCGAACCGCGCAGAGCGAGAGCGCUACCGUAAUUUAGGCACAGAGCCACCGCGCGCACAAGCGAAGCAGCGAAACACCCUCGCGUCCUCACCGCACGGAGUUUGCUUUCCUGAAACUUCACCGCUCACGAGUCCGACGGCACCAUGGGAGGCAAGCUGAGCAAGAAGAAGAAGGGCUACAGCGUCAACGACGAGGCCGGCAAGGAGAAGGACGCCAAGGCCGCCGGGGAGGAGAGCGAGGCGGCGACCGGGGACGCCACCGCCGCCACGCCCACCGCCGACGGCAAGGAGGCUAACGACACGGCGGCCAAGGAGGCCCCCGCCGCCACCGAGCCCGAGAAGAACGACGCCAAGGAGCCCGAGAAGAACGACGCCGCCGCCGCAGAGCCCCCGGCCGCCAAGGAGGCGGAGCCCGCCAAGGCCGAGGAGAAGCCCGCCGCCAAGGAGGCGGCCCCGCCCGCCGCCGCCGUCAAGGAGCCUGAGCCGAAGGCCGUCGCCGCCGCCGCGCCGACCCCCGCCGCCGCUGCGCCCGCCGCCGAGAAGAAGGACGAGGCCGACGCUAAGAAGACGGACGCCCCCGCGGCUCCAGUGGUGAAGGCCGAGGCGCCGCAGCCCGCCGCCGCCGCAGCCCCCGAGCCCACCGCAGCUCCCGCCCCCGCCCCCGCCGCAGACCCCGCCCCCGCCCCCACCCCCGUCGCCGCAGCCGCGCCCGUCGCCAACUCCACGCCGGCACCCGUCGCCCCCGGCGACGCGAAGGAGCCCGACGCCACGGAGACGCCCGGCGCCGAGAAGAGCGUCGCCGUCCCAGAGUGACGGACAGCUGUCACUCAGCCCCUCUCCCCCCCCCCCCUCCGUGAAACAACCACAGAAUGAUGAAGAAACCAUUGAUUUAGCCCCGCCCAUAUUACCAGAAUAACCAUGAUAAUAAUAAUACCUGUUAUGAUGAUGAUGAUGAUGAUUGUGAUUUGAUGAAGGGUGAGCAUCCGGCGGCCGCCAUCUUGGGAAGGGUGGGCCACGCUCAGCGGAUAUUACUACUAUUAUUAUUGUUAUACUUAUUACGAUGUUUUAUUCUAUUUUUUCUGCUGUAGUAUUUGAACUUUGAUACGAGUCGAUGUCUCCCAUCUCCAUCCACCCUCCCCCCCCCCCCCCAAACCCCAACGCCCCCUCCUUUUGGACCACCCCCACCCGGUCUUGGUGCUGCGUCGGCCCCACCCCUGGGUGCCCCGGGGGGGCCCGGACCGCCGGCUCGGGAAGGAGGGGGGGGCGGAGAGAGGCCCUGGGGGGGACCAGGAGCAUGGUCGCGUCCUGACUCAAACUCUGACACAGAACCACCUCCUCCUCCUCCCUGAAGCCCUCACCUCCUCUCUUCAGUCUCCUCCUCCUCCUCCUCUCUUCAGUCUCCUCCUCCUCCCUGCAGCCCUCACCUCCUCUCUUCAGUCUCCUCCUCCUCCUCUCUUCAGUCUCCUCCUCCUCCUCUCUUCAAUCUCCUCCUCCUCCUCUCUUCAAUCUCCUCCUCCUCCUCUCUUCAGUCUCCUCCUCCUCCUCCUCCUCUCUUCAAUCUCCUCCUCCUCCUCUCUUCAGUCUCCUCCUCCUCCUCCUCCUCCUCUCUUCAGUCUCCUCCUCCUCCUCCUCUCUUCAGUCUCCUCCUGCUCCUCUCUUCAGUCUCCUCCUCCUCCUCUCUUCCUCCUCCUCUUCCUCUCUUCAGUCUCCUCCUCCUCCUCCUCCUCCUCCUCCUCCUCAUCCCUUCAGCCCUCUCCCCCUCCUCCUCCUUGGCAGCCAUUUUGGUGCCCCCGUGCCUCCAUCUUAUCUCUGGGCUCCCUGUGCGGCGGGCGGUCGAUGGAGGGGGAGGAGGAGGAGGAGGAGGAGGAGCAUUGAUUGGGAGGGAUAUUUCAUCCAGGGGGGUUCUGGGUUAAAAAUAGGCGUACCUCCUCCGCCUGCACUCCCCGCUCACCACCGCAGAGCGCUGCCCCCGCACUCACACAUGAAGUCGUUAGGAGCGUUACGGCCGUUAAGACAGUGAUAAAUCCCUCGAUGGCGGCCGGACACCUCGCCACACGCCCCCCCUGAUAAACCGUCCCGCCGUCUGUCUGACUCCAGGCGCUCUUAAUGGCCGCCUGUGCUUACGUUAGCCGACGUAUCUACUGUACACCAGCACUGGGACCCACCCACGGGGGGGCGCUUGUUUAACCCUGACCGAGCGGCGGAGGGGAGGUGCUUACCACCUCGGGGCUAGGUGCUAGGUGAGUUAUGGUCGACAGGAUGGACCGGAGCGGUCUGGAAAUCCGAGCAGAUUCCCAAAACACAGUUUACGUAAAAGGCUGCGGGUCUGACCUCCUCUGACCAGAUCACACGGGAGGAUCCUAUUCCUGUGAUGUUCCAGCAAUAUUCCCAUAAUACUCCCUAAAUGUUCCCGUAAUACUCCCUGAAGGAGGUUAUGCUGUCGGGGCCGGAAACCAUAAAGAGACCCCUAUGUGAUCACUACCAACCUUUUGGAGACACGUUACCAUGGUCACGGUAGCAUUAUGGGAUGCCAUGGCAAUCCUGCAUGGGAGGAGACCCUCCAACCCCCCCCCCUUCGCCCCCCCCCUCCCCGCUAACAUGAUACAUACAUGUAGGUGUGCAUAUACCUGUACUACACCUGUGUACAUGUAGGAGUUUAUAUAGACCUGUAUAUAUAUGUAGGUGUAUGUAGACAUAUCUACACGUGUAUAUUUACCCGUGUAUAAGUAUGUGUAUACAGACCUAGAUAUACGUAGGUGAUUAUAUUUACCUAUAUUUAGGUGUAUAUAUUUACCUAUAUAUGUAUAAAUAUAUAUAUGGGUUUAUGUUACAAGAACCUAUGAGUAUGUAGGUGCCAGUAGACCUGUAUAUAUGUAGGUGUGUAUACCGACCGAUAUGCCGUGCGAGUGUGUAUACACAUCUACGUGCAUGCAGGUGUAUUGGGCUCUGGUGAUGUCACACACACCUAUGUGUAUGUAGAGCAUCAGAUCCCACCAGACUCAGAGGCUCCGCCCCCCUCAGCAGAAGCAUGUCGUGGUCUCGUCUUUUGGUCCAGUGGGGAACGAAACAAAAUGUUAUCCUUUUUGUUUUCAGUCCGCAACCAAUGGGCGACUGCAGUUGAUGUUGUCAUUCCAUGUCUCCAUGCCAACUGUCACUCAAAAACCACAGCAAAGACCACACACACAAAAAAAAAGAAGAGAAAUUGGUGCAUUCAAAGUUCUAUGUACUUGUAUAAAUGGUGCAAUGGUAAUAAAAUGUACGAAAUCAAUAA